AUGCCCGCCCAGUUUGUUAUCUUUGACUUUGAUGGGACUCUCUUCGACACUCAUCAAGCCAUCUUUCACAGCAUCAGACUCACAUUCGAUACUCUCCUCCCUGAAUCUACACCAUCGGAAUCUGAGAUCCAGAAGCUCAUUGGCGGUGGAAAGGGUCUCCUUGAUGUUCUCAAAACGUUGCACCCCUCUUUUGAUUCCUUGGACCAGGAUGAAUGGGUGUCUACAUACCGACGCAUCUACAACGACGAUGGCCAGAGACUCACCUCUCAAUUUCCCGGCGCAAAAGAAUUAUUGAACAACCUCAACGAUCGAGGAAUACCCAUUGCUAUCGUCAGCAACAAAGGCGUAACAGCAAUCGAAGCAACUCUCAAGAGCAACUCUCUAGAAAACAUCAUCCCAAGAGACUUAAUCAUCGGAGACAACACUCCCGGAGCGACAAGAAAGCCCGACCCCGGAAGCUUUGUAAACGUUCUGAAGCCAGCCCUAUCAGCACGUGGUUUCUCUCCAGAUUUGGAUGUUUCCAAAGUGUUGGUUGUGGGCGACACCGAAGCUGAUUUGAAGUUCGCGUUUAACAUUGGCGCAAAGUCUGUCUGGUGUAGAUUUGGGUACGGAGAUAAGGAAAAGUGUGAAGAACUGGGGCCAGACUUUAAGGUCGAUGGGCUGGAAGAAGUAGAGGGAAUUGUUAAUACUUUGUAA